AUGGCCCGCCGCUCAGGGCGACGCAGCGCGAUCGCUAAUGGCUCGAUAUCAACAACAUCCACGCCAGUCAAGCCCGUCUCCGAGGAGGAGCCCGAACCCGAGCGGAUGGACGAAGAUGUCAACGAACCUGCCCCCGAAACGCCGGUCGUUGAAGAAGAUGUUCAGUCGCAAGCCCCCGAAUCCGAGAUAGAACUCCCUCGAUCGGAACCUGAUACACCUCCACAAAUCCAACAAUUCCCUCCGCGUCGGAAGCGACUUGGUCGCCCUCCCAAGAACCGCCCUCCGGACUGGGAUCUAGGCGUCGAAGAUACCGAGCCACCCGUCAAGCGCAAACGAGGCCGACCCCCUGGAGGCGGUCGUGGACGAGGUCGAGGCGGUUAUACGCCUCUCAGCAAUCGUGUCCCCAUCGACAAAGAGGGGAAUACGGCGGAGGUGGUCGCGGAUGAAAUCGUAUUGCCUGAAGAUCCCGAGGGCGAGACCAAGGUCGACAAGCUUGGAAACCUUCUCGAGGGGCGCGAGUACCGUGUCCGCACCUUUACCAUCAGUGGACGGUCGGGGAGGCUCUACAUGCUUUCCACCGAGCCGGCGCGAUGUACCGGGUUCCGAGACAGCUAUCUGUUCUUCACGAAACACCUGCGUCUCCACAAAGUCAUCACCACCGACGAAGAGAAACGGGACCUCAUCAGCCGAGAUGUCAUCCCUCAUUCCUACAAAGGUCGCGCCAUUGGCGUGGUCACCGCACGAUCCGUAUUCCGAGAGUUUGGCUCGAGGAUCGUUGUAGGCGGUCGAAGAAUCAUCGACGACUACAAGGUCGCGGAAUACAAGGCAUCUGGUGUUACCGAGGGCGAACUUGCCGAUCCCAACGACCGACUUCCGCCACCAGGCGAACCCUACAAUAAAAACCAAUAUGUCGCAUGGCACGGAGCCAGCGCCGUCUACCACACAUCGGGACCGACCGUUCCACUCCAGCCAGGACAGAGGCCGCAGGGAAAGCGAAAGAUUCAGAUCACUCAUGCAAACUGGAUGGUGGAACACGCUCUCGCUACAAGCCGCUACAACUCCCAAUUAACCGAGAUGCGCCGCCAAGUCCUAGGCGGCAUCUACGAUCCCCACACGAACAUCAUGAUGAGGCCUCAGAACACCCAACCGACCCACGUCCGAUGGCAGCAAGUCAACACCGACGCCGCCGAACUGGACGCCAUUGCUGGAGUGACGAACGGAGUCAACGGAGCACACAAUGGCGACGGCCAUGAGAUGGAGAUCGACGGCGAGGUUCGUCGGGACCUCGUCGCCUCCCGCUUCCCGCCCCCGACUCAGAAGAUCGCCCGGAACUUCAUCGUCGUCGACACGGAGAUGCGCUCACCGCUCAUGGCUGGCUUCGGACCCCCCGGGUCGGACACCGUGCAGGGCCACCCGGACUACGCGAAGAGUCUCUCUGCGGUACCCGACGACGUGCUCGCCGAGCUACCACCUGAUUGCCGCCAAGCGUUCGAUGAAGCGAAGUCCAAGGAACGGGACUGGAUGAGGCAGUGGGGGAGGGAGAAGGAUGACGGGAUGCGCGGGCACCUCCGAAUCGGUUACACAGGUUUUCCCGUCUAA